AUGUCCCCCAGCGACACUUGCGCACCGCCCACCAAACCUGCUAGUUGGGGCCGAGCUUUCGUGCGCCAUUGUUACCACCCAACACCGUAUUUAAUUGACGGAGAAGAAGUCAAAAACGAUUACUGCAAAUUAGCGAUGGCUUACAGCGGAAACUCGUUCAAUCCUACCCUACGCCCUUAUCCGCACUUCAAUGCCGAAGAGGACUGUGAGAAGCUACGCAAAGCGAUGAAGGGCAUUGGUACCGACGAGAACGCCAUAAUCGAUGUACUAGCACACCGAACAGCGGAUCAGCGUGUUCAGUUGGUUAAACAAUUCAAAAUCAUGUACGGCAAAGAUUUAAUUAGCGAGCUGAAGUCAGAACUGACUGGUCAUUUUGAAGAUGUGGUCGUGGCGAUGUGCUGCACAUUGGACGAACUGGAUGCGCGUGAGCUACGAGAAGCUAUGAAAGGUGCAGGUACAGACGAAGACACACUUAUUGAAAUUUUGGCUUCUCGAAGUAACGAACAGAUACAGAAAAUCAAAGAAACGUACAGUUCUCUUUACGACGGACGUGAUCUGGAGCAAGAUUUGAUUAGUGAGACCCACGGACACUUCAAGCGUGUUCUAGUCAGUUUGGUACAAGGUGGUCGUGACGAGAGUCAUCACGUUGACCGCAACGCAGUGGAAUAUGACGCGGAAGAGCUGUACAACGCCGGAGAGGCAGAUCUCGGAACAGAUGAAUCCAAGUUCAUCACCAUCCUGCUGUCAAAGUCAGAAGCUCACGUUCGCGCUGUCGUUAACACAUAUGAAAAGUACAGCAAUAAAGACUUUGAAGACGUGCUGAAGUCGGAAAUGAGCGGUGACCUGCUCCGUACAUUUUUGGCCGUCGUUAGAAGCAUUCGAAACAAGCCAAGGUAUUUUGCGCACGAGUUGAAGAAAUCAAUGGAAGGUGCUGGAACGAAUGACAAAAAGCUCAUUCGAAUUGUCGUUUCACGCGCCGAAGUCGAUAUGGGCGAUAUAAAACGGGAGUUUGUUAAGCAAUACGACAAACCACUGGCAACUUGGAUAACAGAUGAUACCACCGGAGAUUACAAACGUAUGCUACUGGCGUUGGUUGGCGAGUAA